GGAGCCCAGAGACCCUUGCUGUUUUAGCACCAGCGAUCUGAGUGCUCACUUCACAGUCUGCGAGAGGCAGCGCGCAUUACAGCGGGAUGGAUGGCACAGGAUUUACAACAACAGUUGUCUGAAUACUCUCCCCAAAUCAACUAAGACGCCCAGGAGGGAGGGGAGUCACAGCCGGAACGCGUCUGUGUGUCAGAGGCUGUUUGAGAGAGUGAGGCAGCAUCACAGCUAGAGGAAGAGAGAGAGAGAGGAAGAGAAAUCUGGACCAGGUGAUCGAGUACUAACAAACCUCCAAGGGGCUGCCGGGUUGUAUCAGUGUGCACGGGAUCAGCGGACCGACCAUGGUGCCCGCACGCUGCCCGGGACCCUGUGCCUCCCUGGCACUGGUCCUCCUCUUGGGAUGCGGCGUGGUUUUAUGCGGCCAGAACGACACGGAGCCCAUCGUGCUGGAAGGGAAGUGUCUCGUGGUGUGCGACUCAAACCCCUCUUCGGACGGGGUCACUUCCUCACUUGGCAUAUCAGUCCGCUCUGCUGGCGCAAAGGUGGCUUUCUCCGCCGUGCGUGGAACCAACCACGAGCCAUCAGAUAUGAGCAACACGUCUAUGACCAUCUACUUUGACCAGGUUUUAGUGAACAUCGGCAACCAUUUCGAUCUCAAAGCAAGUGUGUUCCUGGCUCCGAGGAGGGGGAUAUAUAGUUUCAGCUUUCACGUAGUGAAGGUGUACAACAGACAAACCAUACAGGUGAACCUGCUGCAGAAUGAUUAUCCGGUGAUAUCAGCCUUCGCCGGGGACCAGGACGUGACGAGAGAGGCGGCCAGUAACGGAGUACUGCUGAUGGUGGAGCGCGAGGACCGUGUCUCUCUAAAGCUGGAGCGAGGCACCUUAAUGGGCGGAUGGAAAUACUCCACCUUCUCAGGCUUUCUAGUCUUUCCUCUAUAAUCUAAUCGGCGAUUAUCCACGUCGCACGGGACUCUGCCUAGGUUGAGGAAACAAAAAGAAAAAACGAAAAAAAAACAACAUGCCAUUUAUUUUCAACUUAAAUAACUGUCAGCCAAGGAAGCCGACGAAUAUCUGUAUACCUACACUCGUCCACUAUCUAGUCAAAUAUGAACGUUUCCUUGGAAUUUCAUAUAUUCAAAUCCAUCCGUCAACUUCUACGCGAUCUGGAUGAUUUAACGUGAUGAUCGGCCACUGCUUGUCCGGAAUGUGGAUUUUUUUUUUCUUGCUUGGGAAAACAACACUUUGCCAACAGACAAACGGGUGGGCAAAACGGACAAGGGAGAAGAUGGAGAGUGGACAGGCCGACUGUGUUAUGCUCUAUUUUAUGUUUGUAUAGCCUUAAAGAAUAUAUGGUUUCCGUCCCAGUGCAGUAUAUGGAAUUAUGGACAACAAGAGAAGAAGUGCUUUCACGCCCAAGGCAUUUUUUUUGCACGAAUGGAAGUUUUUACUUUAUGUUUUGUGCUGUCAAUGGUGUUGCGUUUGGAUGCUGAACAUAUUGAAAAUAGGCCGCCGACGAGUUUAUUAAAAAGAAAAAAAGGCGACAUAUGUCAGCCACCAGAGACGACUUAAAGCCCUUUUACUAAAGAAUAAUCAUAUAAUUUAUAAAGUACAUAUUCACAUAAUUGUGUGUUCUACAUUUCGGAAUCUGCGUAGCUUUGACUGAUUUAAUGUUCAGUGACGUUGCUCACCAAAUGUACAUUGUGGAAAUAAUAGAAGAAUCCCUAAAUGUCCCGCUUAAUAAAAUAUAUUGUAUUGUA